CCCUCACCUGUGGUGCCAUGACCUUUGAUUGGCCAGGACCCUCAGCAUGAGCGUGAAGCAGAGUGAGCCGGAGAAGGUGUCCCUCAUUUGCAGACUGCUGCGCCAGUCCCCUCCUGGGGAGUUUGGGCAGGUUGUCCAAGACCUCUAUGCUCUGGUCAAAGAUGAUGAGCUGGUGAGGCAGGAGGCUGCCCACGUUGGGGCCCAUCACAACAAGAAAAACUUCACCCCUGUCCAAGUAAAUGGGAGCACUGUGCUACUGACCCACUAUAACGAUUUAGGGGGAAACCGCUUCUUUUACCCCCAAGACAAAUUCUCUUUUGAGUUUGACCACUUGAGUGGGAUAACGAGCAAAACCCAUUUGCACAGCGUGAUGUUGGAUGAGGAGGAACUGUGGAGAGGAGCCCUCCACAAGGGAUUGAACACCUAUGUGAACUGCCACUUUCCAGCAGGGAACUGCUGCGUGUUCAAAAAAUCCCUGGGCAAGAGGCAGAUGUUUGUGGCCUGCAUUGAGGCUCAUGAGUACCAGCCCUUAAAACACUGGAACAGCCUUUGGAAGUCUGACUGGACUUUUGCCCUGACUCCAAUUAUGACUCGGGUUACAGGGGUAUUUCUUCUCCAGUUACACUACUUCAAAGAUGCUAACCUUCAUGUUACCAUCAGAAAGUCUGUAAGUGAGUCUCUGCAUGUGAUAGACCGAAAUCAGUUUGUCUCAGAUUUUGUGAAGUUCGUGAAAACUGAAGAUGACAAGAUUCAUACUGCUAUUCUACAAAACAUUCAGGCCUUGUCAGAGGAUAUGUGGAGGAAAGAUCUGCGAAGGAAACUCCCCAUUACUCGUACUUUUAUGAACUGGAAUGAGCUGCUGAAAAAUUAUCACCAAAAUACCAAUGUCUCCAGUAAAAAAGUACCUGCAUAAUUACCGAAUUGCAC